CAAAAAAGAGAUAACUUCUCGCCUUUAUCUCUUCUACCUUUUCUUCUCCCCCCCUCCUUUCCUACCCGCAAUUCCUUCAAUCGUUAUAGGUGUUGACUUUCUUACGGGCCGGGAUUCUUUCGUUUUUUUCGCUCUCCCCUUCCAUCCACGUUUCCGAUCUGCUACUAGCUUCACACCUCAGCGCGGAGCGCAUUCACUCUCAUUUUUUAAAAAAGAUUUUGGAGCAUUUUUUGAAGUGGUAAUGGCAGUCAUGGCGAUGUUGGGUUCGACAACCAUGCUUGCGUGGGUCUUGUUUGGGGGGUUGACUUUUGCAACUCAACCUGUUGCUUUGACGCCCGCACAAAUUGCUGCGAAUGCUGCCGGAAAGAGGCAUAAUUCAGAUUUUAGUAAAUGGAUGAUAAUAUCACUCGCAGCUUUCGCUGCCCUUCCAUUAUUCUACCGGUUUUGCUCCGUCAUAUAUUCUCGCAUUCGCCUGCUGGUAUCACUCGGUAGUGAGAAUCAACGCUUCUUUGCAGCACCCCCGAGUACGUGGGUUUCGUUUAUUAAGAAGCAUGUCAUAUACUCGCCCCUCUUCCGCGUCCGCCAUAACCGCGAAUUUCGGCUUUCGACCGCUGUGAGCGUGGGCACUCUUCCUACUCGGUUUCAGACAUUUUUCUUGCUUGGUUAUUUGGCUGGGAAUAUUGUCUUCUGCACGGUUAUGAUUGAUCGUGCGGUGGAUACUAUGUCUAUGCUUGGAGAGCUUAGGAAUCGUACUGGGGUGUUGGCUGCUGUGAACAUGGUGCCUUUGUUCUUGCUUGCUGGGAGGAACAACCCUUUGAUUCAGCUUAUGGGUAUCUCUUUUGAUUCAUAUAAUCUUAUUCACAGGUGGUUGGGCAGGAUUGUGGUACUACAGGCUGUGGCACACACGUCUUGCUGGGUGGCGGCAAAGGUUAUGAAAUCUGGCUGGGAGGCCGUUGUAACUCCCAUCAACACAAAUCCGUUCAUUCGAUUCGGUUUCAUCUCGGUCGUCUGCUUCGUCUUCCUCAUGUUGCACUCUCCCUCUGCCAUCCGCCAUGCAUUUUACGAAACCUUUUUGGUGCUACACAUCAUGGCCGCAGCACUGGGUGUGGCUGGCCUCUACUACCAUUUGGAGAUCAAAGGCUUUGCCGGGCUCAAGCAUGUUAAGAUUGCGAUCACACUCUGGGCCUUUGACCGAGGCCUCCGCCUCCUGCGUAUCCUCUACCGAAAUGUGGGACGCAAGAUGACAACGGCAACCUGCGAGGCCCUUCCUGGAGACGCCGUCCGUGUAACGCUUCAUCUUGCCCGGCCAUGGACCUUCAAGCCAGGGCAGCACCUCUACCUGUACAUGCCGAGGCUAGCACUCUGGACCUCCCACCCCUUUACCAUUGCCUGGAGCGAGAAUGAGCAGUACAUUAAGUUCGAUGAGGAAAAGCUCUCCCUCCACCGCCAGGACAUAGCUCAUGUAGGACAAUCUACCCUCUCACUCGUCAUCCGUCGUAGAACUGGCUUCACAGACACCCUUUACAAGAAGGCUUACGGCACUCCGGAAGGGAGAUUCACCACACGGGCGCUUGUUGAGGGCCCUUACGGGAAGGUUGAUACGUUGGGCAGUUAUGGCACCGUUGUUUUGAUCGCCGGUGGAAUAGGGAUUACCCAUCCGGUACCGUACGUGCGUGAGCUCUUGGAUGGGUACGCAAAGGGCACGGUGGCCACUCGGCGAAUUACCCUCGUGUGGGCUAUCCAGAGUCCCGAGCACCUGGAGUGGGUCAGGCCCUGGAUGACGGAUAUUCUCGCUAUGGAGAAGCGCAGGGAGGUCUUGAAGGUCUUGCUGUUCGUCACGAGGCCCAAGUCGACGAGGGAGAUUCAUAGCCCUUCGGACACGGUGCAGAUGUUCCCCGGUAGACCUAAUAUCGAUACCUUGCUGGACAUGGAGAUCGACCAGAAGAUGGGCAAGGUGGCUGUCGCAGUCUGCGGGAGUGGCUCGCUGAGCGACGACGUCCGCCGCGCUGUCAGGGGCAAGACGCAUAAGGCGAAUAUAGAUUUUAUAGAAGAGGCCUUCUCCUGGUAG